AUGUGGAUUACGCUUGUGACUACUGGAGAAAUCUCUGACAGUAUUGCAAAUGAACAUGCUCCCAUGAGAAAGAAACGAGUUCUUGAAAGAGAUGCUGUCACAGUGAUCAAAAGAAAGCCCAAUGAUUUGAAAGUGAAACCAUAUGUCAGUGGACUUUUAGAGCAACUGCAGUUGCAGGAUGGCAAUUGGAACAAGAAGGUACUGAAGCAGCAGGAGAAGUUGCUUGAGUGUCAGCAGGAAUGGAUGUCAAAAAUUUUACCACUAGAUAUGGAUUUGGUUGCAGAUGCAGAUAUAGCAACAUUCAGAGAAGAAUGCGUUUCCUUAAGCAAAUUCCAAACGCAUGAAAGAUACAUGUAUAUGAUGAAGAACGUUAUUUUGCAGCGCAAGAGUGUAGAAAAUCCUUCUUGGUCACUAAAGGAAGAAUCCAUUCUUUUGUGGAACACUCUUCUCGGUACGAUUGAAUAUCUAACCAUGGUAAUUCAAGAUAGAGAGCCUUCGUUGCCAUUUCCAAAAGGGAUGUACCUUGCUUGCAUUAGGAAAAUUCAAGCGUUUACUUGCGGACUUUAUUAAUGCCACUUGUUCUGCUGUGGAUCAUAGAAGAGCUGCUACUUGAAAUAUUCC